AUGGCAAAGAGAUCACAGAGGCGCCUGUCACGGCAUGAAAAGGAGCAAGCAGAAGGCGAGGGAGCAGGCAAGCUGUUGCAUCCAUCGUCAGAGUCUCUGGAUCCGUUUAUCAAGAGGGACAUGGCAAAACAUGAAAAAUGGAUGUACCUCGGAUCAAAUAUCGUGCAUAUUGGUACUGAAUUAGGAGAGAGAAUUUUCAGUGAAUUGAUCGAGGACACUGUGUUGAGUUUUGCAACUGAUACUUCAGAAUAUGAGUUCACGGUGCUUCUAGUCGAAUAUGAGGCAAUUGAAGAUAUUGACUUGUAA